AUGGGCGCCACCCCAUUCCAUCGUUCCAUCCUCGAAGUCUGGUUGCCAAAGCCCUUUGACAAACCAACGGACAUGAGGUAUGACGGAACCCAUGACCCGCAGGAGCACCUCAUGGCCUUUGAGGCCAGAAUGAACCUCGAGGGAGUGGGAGACGAAGUAAGGUGCCGCGCCUUCCCAGUCACCCUAGUAGGCCCUGCGAUAUGGUGGUUCAAUAGCCUCCCGCAGGGCUCCGCGGCCGGCUUCUCGGAUAUCAGUUGCGCCUUCUUAGCACAAUUCACCACCAGAAUCGCGAAGGCAAAACACCCGAUCAAUCUGCUCGGCGUCACUCAGAAAACCGGUGAAAUGACCAGAAAGUACCUAGAUCAUUUCAACGAUGAAUGCUUGGAGAUCGAGGGGUUAACCGACUCGGUGGCCAGUCUCUGCCUGACGAACGGGCUCCUUAACGAGGACUUCAGAAAACACCUCACCACAAAGCCGGUUUGGAAGAUGCAAGAAAUCCAAACUGUAGCCCGCGAAUAUAUUAACGAUGAGGAAGUCAGUCAAGUUGUGGCUGCUAACAAGCGGAAGCCCCCCUACACUCAACCCAGGCAGCACGACAACGGGGAAAGACAGAGGGAGCACGCCAGAGACGGUGGCCCGAGCAAGGCACCCAGACUGUUUCCUCGUGUCGGAAAAUUCACCAAUUACACCCCCUCACCCUCCCCAUCAUAG